ACGUUGAAAUAAUAUGGGAUAAUGUGGGAUCAUUGGGUGAUCGAGAGUGUCAAUGCAUUAUUAUUGAAUUAGAAUAUCAGUGAGGAAAAAUCAGAGUUGAUUCAGCGGUAUUCAAUAUAUUUUUCAUCCUGUUGCGAAAUUAUGAAGUGAUGUGACAGCACAAAUCGAAGAGCCAAUCAGUACACGUGCCAGUGGAUCGAUCAUCCCGUGACAGCAUCGAUCUCCAGUUUGUUGUAGAUACAAGUGAGGACAGCAGAGAUAGCCCAAUAAUGCCCCAAAUUCGUGAAUUUCAAGUACGAUGACGCGGAAAAGCUGGCCGCGAACCAGACGCAAGGGGUUUGAUUCCGGUGAAUGGAGUCGCCCCCAUCGUCAGCGUUUUGCAAUCAGCUGUCGGAUUAUCUAUUCGAUUCUGAUAGCAGCAUGGAUGACGAUGCAAGAGGGUAGCGGAGGUGAAUGUCCUGCAUCCGAGAAAAUGCCGGGUUGUCCUUGCUAUAACUUUGAGGAUGGAUUGUUUCUGGAAUGCCCCGGAGCCACCGAGGACUCGCUCAAGAGUGCACUUGUCAAUGUGAUCAGUGCAGCCAAGUCGAAAGAAGUCGUCGUUCAAUCACUGAGUGUCUACGAACUCGACCGAAAAGUGGAAGAACUGAAGGCAACGAUAUUUCCCCUUGGUUCCCAGAUAAAACAUCUCCAAAUAUCCCACUCCGGAUUACGAGAGAUUGAUGAAGACGCGUUCGAUCGGUUGGGAACACGUCUGCAAUCCCUGGGUAUAGUCUCUGGUCAACUCCAAGCGGUUCCCCAAAAGGCAUUGACCCCUCUAACUGGUCUGACUAGCCUCGAUCUAGAGGCUAAUCAAAUUCGAGAACUUCCGAGACACAGUUUCUUCGGUUUAUCCCUGAUAAAACUCAAUCUAAAGGGAAAUGAGAUAGCCAAGAUCUCGGAAGACGCGUUCGCAGGUCUCGAGGCGAGUCUCACAGAUCUUGACUUAUCCGAGAACAAGAUCAGAAUUUUUCCGAUGACUUCCCUGCGAAGAGUCGAAAAUCUAUUGUCCCUAAAACUAGCAUGGAACGACGUAUCGCACUUGCCUGAGGACGGCUACUCCCGGUUAGAUACCCUCAACUAUCUAGACUUGAGUAGCAAUAACUUCCAAGUAAUUCCCUUGAACUGCUUCCGCUGCUGUCCAGUACUUCGAACUCUUUCCUUAUCCCACAACUCGGCGAAUACCGUUGACAAAGACGCUUUCAUAUCGCUCAUUCACCUGGAGUCCAUCGACCUCAGCCACAACAAGAUAAUAUUCCUAGACGUUGCGACCUUUCGUGCCAAUCCCAAACUCAGAUCGAUUGACCUCAGCCACAACCACUUGCACUACAUCAGAGGUAUAUUCGCUCGACUGCCAGAGCUCAAGGAGCUCUUUCUCGCUGAUAACAAUAUCCUGGAGAUCCCAGCGGAAGCCUUCCUGGAGUCCAUCAGCCUCUCGGUUCUCUAUCUCCAGCAAAACGCCAUCAGAAGAAUCGACUCCAGGGGACUUGCAACACUAGGUCAAUUGGCGCAGCUGCAUCUGAGUGACAAUUUUAUCGAAAGAGUGCCACGUGGCUUCCUUGAUCACUGCGACAAUCUCUCGACACUCUCACUGGACGGCAACAGAAUACGUGACCUAGAGGCCGGCACGUUUUCCAAGUCAAAGCAACUGAGGGAACUGCGACUCCAGGACAAUCAGAUUACCGAAGUUCGACGGGGAGUUUUUGCCCCACUGCCGACUCUCCUUGAACUCCACCUCCAGAACAACGCCAUCACUGACAUGGAGACAGGUGCGCUGAAGUCCCUCCACAACUUGCAGCACAUCAAUCUCCAAGGGAAUCUGCUGGCCGUCCUCGGUGAUGUGUUUCAAGUCUCCUUCGACUCCACUGGCUCCCUCGUCUCCAUUCAACUUGAUAACAACGGCCUCGGAGUUCUGCACAAUGACUCGUUACGAGGACAAACGUCAGUCAGAAUCAUGUGGUUGGGCCAUAACAGGAUGACCCGCCUCCAGGCCCCUCUAUUCCGAGAUCUAGUGGUCGUCGAGCGACUGUAUCUGACCAACAACUCAAUCUCAAGGAUUGAAGACACAGCGUUUCAGCCUAUGCAGGCAUUGAAGUUCCUUGAGCUCAGCAUGAAUCGGUUGAGUCACGUCACGGGGAAGACAUUCUCAGAGUUACACGACCUGGAGGAGCUCUACCUCCAGGACAACGUUCUGAGAAAGCUCGAUCCUUACGCUUUGACAGCCCUAAAACGCCUGCGAAUUCUCGAUCUUGCUAAUAACUACUUAGGCGAAUUGCACAGCACGAUGUUCCAAGAGAGCCUGUCCAUAAGGACGCUAAACCUCAAGAACUGUACGAUCAGGAUAAUGGAGGCGGGCGUCUUCAAAGGACUCACAAAUCUGUAUGAGUUGAACCUAGAAGAUAACCACUUAACAGCCCUUGCACUGGACAUCCUGGACAUUCCAGGCUUGCGAAUUCUCAAAAUAUCGAACAACGACUUCAGCGAAAUCGACGGUGAGUCCCUGAACGGUAUGCCCUCCCUCCAACAGCUGUCAAUGGAGCGCUCGCAAAUCCAUCGAUUGUCAUUCGACACUUUCUCCAAUAACAAACACCUCGGGAAGAUCUUGCUCGGUAACAAUCAACUCCAUUCCCUCCCUGGCACCCUCUUCUCCGGCCUCGAUUCACUCCGCGAAGUGAAAUUGGACGGCAACAGGUUUCAGGAGAUGCCGUACGAAGUCUUCAUAAACACCACGACAAUAGAAUUCCUGUCGCUCUCUAACAAUGUAAUCCUCCACAUCGACACGUCGAGAUUAAAUGGACUGCGGAAUCUACGGGAGCUAGAUCUGAGGGGGAAUCACAUAAUAUCGGUGUCAGGAUUCUCAGAUGCCAAUUUUUCGAGAUUGAUAUCAAUCGAUCUCAGCCACAAUCAUCUCACUGCCCUACCAAUGAAUUUCUUCGUCAAUGCCAACCAACUGCGAAAAGUUGAGCUGUCCGGCAAUAAAUUGCGCCAGCUGCCCGGUGUUGCUUUGUCAGCGCGAAAUAUGCCGAAUCUCGGGUGGCUAAAUCUCACUGGGAAUCCCCUGACUAGAGUACAUGAGUUCAGCUCAGAGGAUAAGUACCCCUCCCUCGAGGAGAUCCAUAUAUCAAGAACCAAUUUGACGAUGGUAACGGGUCAAGAUUUCGAGGCAUUUCCAGGACUCCUUCAUCUCUACGUGAAUAACAAUUUGAUAUCGCGAGUGUCACCGAGUGCAUUUCAGAGUUUGCGGGAUCUAUUGACUCUUGAUUUGAGUGCAAAUGACCUCGAGUUGAUGCCACAGGCGAGACUCAAGGGUCUCGAGCGCCUGAAACUUUUGAACUUGACGCGUAAUCAUCUCAAGACGCUCGAGGAUUUCCCCGAGGAUCUCAAGGCACUUCGGGUUCUCGACCUGUCGUAUAAUGAGAUUCAAUCGAUUGGGGAGAAUACGUUCAAUCGUCUCGGUAAUUUAUUGGAAUUAUAUCUGGAUGGAAAUUGGCUGGCAACGGUGUCAAGCGGUUGUUUCGCGAGCCUGAAAAAAUUACGGGUGCUGGAUGUGAGUGGCAAUUCACUCGAAUAUUUACCCCUCAAUGCGUUUCAACCCCUCGAGACCCAGAUAAGGAGUCUACGUGUUGAGGAGAAUCCACUGAGGUGCGGGUGCGAGGCGCAGGAGCUGUGGGAGUGGUUGCGCGAUCACCAGAAACUCAUCAGGGGUAGCAGAGAGCGUGAUAAAGAGGAUGGUAUGGGGGUGAGCGAUGGGGAGGGUGGAUUGCUCAGAUGUCAGGAACCCAUUGAACUUCGGGGCCUUGUUUUUCUUGAUCUUGAUCCACAUUCUUUCUGCUCGGAGCCCCUCAUCGUUAACCUUAUCAUCCAGGAUGUCAGGGACUCCUCGGUUAUCAUCCUCUGGCAGAGCCGGAAUCACAGUGGACUGCAUGGGUAUCAGGUCGCUUAUCACGAUGUUGAUAAAGAUCAAGAGAUACAUGGAAAAAUUCUAGAGCCGACAUCUCGUUCCAUCAAGCUAUCAAACUUGUCUUCCAACACGCAGUACCUAAUCUGCAUCGUGGGUCUGGGUAACUGGUUGCCCCAGGCCGACGGAAAAACUCCCCCAGGACAAUUCAACUCAAGUGUAGACGAUUUGGUGGACCCUUCAUCCCUGGAAAUGUUGGACUCCCCAACGAGUCGUUGUACAAAGGUAAAAACCCUCGAGAAAGCACGGGUGAUAGUCGUCAGUGGUGAUGGUGCAGCGAUGAGUGACUCCAGUGGUGCUAAGACAGUUUUAACUCGUAGAUUAGGCUUAAUAGUUGGGUGCUGCAUGGGCUUUGUUGUCUUUAUUCUCCUCGUCUCCGUUCUUGGCUAUCUCAAAGUCAAGAAACAGAGAGAGGCUGUGAAAAGGGACCAGCAGACUGUGCCACCGGAGUACAUUUCCUAUCGUCACUUUAGCAUACAGAGUGGAGAUGCUGGUCAUAAUAAUCGGGUUAAUAAUAAUCAAGAUGCUGAGUACACGUCAGGGUACGUCAAUAAUGAGGGUCACACUACCUUGACUGUAUAGCGUCAAGCAAGCGGUCCUGCAGAUGACACGGCUAUUACUAAUGUGUAACCCGUGUUAUAGAGAUUUUCAAUCUGACAGGAUCGCGAUUAGGCGUAUGAAAAAAUUCUAUAAAAUCUAGGGUGACCUAUAAAAAUUCCAUUUCAUUUCCACUCUCCAAUUCCAGCUAAUACCCUAUUGGAUAUUUCAUAGGAGAAAAUUAGAGUUUGACUUUUCUAUCAAAAUCCGUUGGCAAGAAUUUUUCCAUUUUUUCUGAUUGAAUUUCACAAUGCAAACCAAAAAAAACCACGGAGAAAAUGCGAGGAAAAAACGUGGGAAUUCGUGGCCAAUAAUUUUAAUAGAAUAAAGUCCAAGAGGAAAAUAAAAAUGUAAUGACUUUUCCCUGGGAAAUAUCUGAUAUAAUUGACGAAAAAAAUGAAUCGAGUUUUAAUGAGAAUUCCAUAGAAUUUUCCGAAAAAGCGCUAGGUAUUUCUAUUGAAUUUCUUCGUACGUGCAAGUGAGGGAACUGCUCUGAGAUCGAACACUGAGAGGUUUAGGGGAUGGCACGUAAAAUCUGAAGCAAUAAAAGGUCCUUGGGUACCUUUACAGAAAAAAUCACACUCUGAGGAAAAACGAAUAGACGAAAAAGUAGCAAUAACAAAAAUGGCAAAAUAUCUGCUUCUACGUCCUUCAAAAAGCAAAACAUUUCCAGGAAAUACUACACAGAAUAAAAAUCCUCAGAGAUCCAUUUGAUAUUCCUCCAUGUUCCAUAUUCGUACAGACCCACCCUCAGACGUAAACAUGACUAACGUUGCCCUCCAUUCGGCAAAUAAAUGCCUCGGGAACAAGAUAAAAUUUAUGACUCAACGAAAUUAUUGAUGAAUCUGCCCGAUUUCUGGGUGAAAAAUUAACAAGAGACUGUGAGAAUGCACAGGCAGAAUCGAAUGAGUGAUGAAAGAUAUUCUCAAUGUGAUAGAUGCGUGUUGUAUUGUAUACUUGUGAUAUUAAGAGUUCUGCAGUGGUGAUAAUGACUUUAAGAGAUGAAAAAAAAAAAAAUUUUUUACGGCAUCGAGAGUAAACUAGUUAUUGAUUAUUGGAGUUGAUUGAUAUGCUAAUUGCGGAGUUAAUAAGACGUUGAUGUUCGAUGACUGUUGGUUUGACGUAUUACGGUGGGAUCUCGAUGUUUAUCAGGAAGUAGAUGUUUCUGCUCUCCUCUGCGUAAUUGCUAAUUAACUUAACACUGUGUGCCAUUACUCGUCUUUAUUUACUUCCAUUAUUAUCUCUGUCACGACAUUUAAAUAUAUUCAGAAUUGUACAGAAUUAUUUUUUAUUUGAUGCGUAUAUCUCUCUAUCUUUCAGAGAAUAAUUAAUUAAACUCUGUACAUUUCAAUGACGAAAACAAAAAGUAUCUCCAAACUCUUCGAAUUAGAAAAUUCCCCGAAUUAAUCAUUUAUCAUCUGAAAUAAAAGCCCAGAAAAUUAUUUCCCUGCACAAUUGUACUCCGUGCAUA